AUGAAGGUUUUCGUGCUCAUAUUAGCAGUUGGCUGCAUAGCGAGCCUGGGCUCUGCUGACACCAGCGCCAUCUCGCCAAAGUUCGUGAAGCCACCACCAAGUCCCACUAAACCGCCGAAGGGCAGCAGUGACAUCGAUACAUGCGGCUGCAAUGAGAUCGUAGCCAAGCUGAAGCGGGUCGAGGCGAACCUCCUCAAGCUUAUCCUGAAUCUGCGCAACAAGUACGGUGCCGUGUACAGCGAGCUGCUGGACAUGAAGAAGCACGUCAAGAGUGUGUCCUGGUACGUUGACCAAACGUCCAAAACGGGCAGCGACAUCAACGAUCAGCUGCUCGAAUCUUCCCUCACUCUGUCGGAUAUCAUGCAGUCCAUCAGAGACCUUACCAUCAACCAGCAGAGCCUGGUGACGAAGACGUUCCUCACCGAGUCCCUGCUGGAUCUGGAAGGUCGUCACGGCGAGUACGUACCUCCAACUCCCGAGGGUGACAUGAUCUACACGUCCUGCGAUGACGAGCGUAUCACACAAACCGGUACCUACCUGGUGCAGGACGCUUUCGGCGAGCCCACCAAGUUGAUCUGUGUGUUGGACUUCGCACCGGGCGCUUACACCGUCAUCCAGAACCGUCAGGAUGGUUCGACCGACUUCUACCGCGGUUACAGUGACUACAAGGCCGGAUUCGGAGAGUUCGAUGGUGGUGACUACUGGUUGGGUCUUGAUCGCAUCCACAACCUGACCAGCUCGGGCGAAUACGAGCUGCUCAUCAUGUUGGAGGACUUCGAGAAGAACACGACCUUCGCCCGUUACGAUUUAUUCGCCGUUGGCUCGGGUAACGACUUCUACCCGAUUACGAUGCUGGCAGGAGCUAGCGGAUCUGCCGGAGAUUCGUUUGGCUCUGUAAACGGCGUGCUGUUCAGCGCUUACGAUCUUGAUCUGGAUAACAGCGAGAGCAACUGCGCCGUCUCGAACCGUGGUGCCUGGUGGUACACCGACUGCGGCAUGAGCAACUUGAACGGUCUCUACCUGAAGGGACUGUCCGGUGGAUCCACGGGCAUGUUCUGGGAGACGUUCCGUGGCAUCAACUACAGUCUUAAGAAGACCCGCAUGAUGGUUCGACGCAAGCCAAUGAUGGUAUCAACGACCGUAGAUCCGAGCACUUCGAUGGCCACGGAUAGCACCACCAUGGCGGGUACUGACUCCACCACUGCCUCGGGUACGGAUAGUACCACUGCUUCGGGUACGGAUACUACCACAUCCGCGGCUACAGAAUCCACCACAAUGUCAGCUACGGAUUCCACCACAGCCGCGGGUACGGACCCUACCACAGAACCGGGUACCACGCCUGCUACGGAUACCACAACUCCGGCUGAACAGACUACAGUGCCUGCACGACGUCGUUACUAA